GAUCCUGAUUGGAACAUUGAUGUGUAUUUAUUGUGACACUGUUCACAUUUUAUGUGUAUUUAUGCAUAGUUUUAAGACAUUUACAUGGCUUCCUCAACCGUGAUCAACGAUGUCUCAGGAGAGAAGGAGAGGCUGUUCUCCUCUGUAGCUCACUACGGCUCCAACGACAGCGGGGGCGAACACAGCCAUGGCAACCCCCGGUUACCCACGACAACGGGGAGCUGGCUGGGCGCCGACCAGGAAGAGGAGGAGGCACUCCGCAGGAAGCUGAAGUACUUCUUCAUGAGCCCCUGCGACAAGUUCCACGCCAAGGGGCGCAAGCCCUUCAAACUGGGCCUGCAGCUGCUCAAGAUCAUCAUCGUCACUGUUCAGCUGGUGCUGUUUGGCCUCAGCAACCAGAUGGUGGUGACCUUCAAAGAGGAGAACACCAUGACCUUCAAACACCUCUUCCUGAAGGACUUCGACGAGGGCUCGGACGACACGUUUUCCGUCUACACGCAGGGCGACGUCUACAAGCACAUAUUCUACGCCAUCGACCAGUACUUGGUGUUACCGGAGACCACCGUGGGGCGCUACGCGUACGUGUACGGCGUGGGCUACAACGGGAGCGCCCUCUCCCUCUGCCAGCAGUACUACAAGAGGGGCAGCAUCGACCCGGCCAACGACACCUUCAACAUAGACCCUCGCGUCGUCACCGACUGCAUAGGUGUGACUCCCCUAGCUGCCCCUCCAAUGCCUUUAACCAGCGAUUACAAGAACUUUACCCUCAAGUUCCACAAGCUCAUCAACGUGACAAUAGAGUUCCAGCUGAAAGCCAUCAACAUUCAAACCAUCAUCAACAACGAGAUUCCCGACUGUUACACCUUCUUCAUAACCAUCGUGUUGGACAACAAAGCCCACAGCGGCAAAGUGCAGAUCAGCCUAGGCAACCAGGCGUCGAUAAAGGAGUGUAAAGACCCCAGUGUGUCCGGACAUGCGGAGAACUACACGCGGCUGACGUUUGACGUGGCGGUGGCGGUGGUGUGUGUGCUGUCCCUGCUGCUGUGUGGACGCUCCAUCCUGAGAGGGGUCAUCCUGCAGCACGAGUACGUCAAGUUCUUCAAGGACAGCCUGAGCCGCCCGGUGAGCUGGUCGGACAGGAUGGAGUUCAUCAACGGCUGGUACAUCCUCCUGAUCAUCAGCGACGUCCUCACCAUCACCGGCAGCUUCAUCAAGAUCGGCAUCGAGUCCAAGAACUUAUCCUCGUAUGACCUGUGUGGUAUCCUGCUGGGAACGUCCACCUUACUGGUGUGGGUUGGAGUCAUUCGCUACCUCAGCUUCUUCCAGAAGUACAAUAUUCUGAUCGUCACCCUCCGGGCUGCGUUCCCCAAUGUGAUCCGUUUCUGCUGCUGCGUGGCCGUCAUCUACCUGGGCUACUGCUUCUGCGGCUGGAUCGUGCUGGGGCCCUACCACGUCAAGUUCCGCUCCCUCUCCAUGGUGUCGGAGUGUCUGUUCUCGCUCAUCAACGGCGACGACAUGUUUGUGACGUUCGCCGGCCUGCAGGAGAGCAGCACGCUGGUGUGGGUGUUUAGUCAGGUGUACCUGUACACCUUCAUCUCCCUCUUCAUCUACAUGGUGCUGUCGCUCUUCAUCGCGCUCAUCACCGGCGCCUACGAGACCAUCAAGCACCAAGUCCAGGAGCCCGUCCACAUCACGGACCUGCACGCCUUCAUCGCCGAGUGCACCGACACCCCCUGCUCGGGGAAGUUCCGGGGGCUGGAGACCUCGCCCUGCUCCUUCUUCUGCUGCUGCGACAGAACCACAACAUACGAGGACACCCUCCUGGUCAACUGAGUCGCCUCCUGUGGCUGAACCCACAGCGCCCUCUGGUGGUCGACACACGGCACACUCCAGUCUGGCUUGGUCAACAUCCUCUCUGGACCAUACAUGAGCACAUACUUAAGCUUCGAGGUUCUCUGCUCAACAACAUACAGACAGGGGCCCGACACCACGAGCUUAAAGGAACUGGAGAGGAGAAUGUGUUUUGUCUGUGUUAAUGUCGUGCAGGAUGUUGUGCAGUUGCGUGCUGGUCAGCCAACCUGUGUUUUGCACCACGGCCCCCACCCAUAUUAACAAAUCUGGAUUAGCGGACCAUGCUAACACUAUCAUGUCCACAUCCGUGGAGAGGGGAUGCUGGGAACUGGACACAAAAUCUGAGUUUCAGUGUAUUUUAAUUCUUUAUGUAUAUAUUAUAAUUUGUUCUUCCUUUCUUCAGUGGGUACCACUACAACACAAAAAACGUGGACAAAGCGGGUUUUUGCAUCUUGUCCGGAUGCUUAAGUAGAUGAGAUGUAUUUUACGAGGCUAGAGAAAAUGAUAAAUGACAGAUCUCGUUACCUCUAUAGAGAGCACUUAUGCAGUCCUUUCUCAAAAACUCUUGAAAAUGUGUUACUAUUUGCCUGGCCUUCGGUUCUGAACAGAUCUCUUGCCAAAUAGUGUGUCACGGUGAAAGAUCACCGAAUACUCCUGAAUAAGCUGAAGUACCUUUAAUAUAUGAUUAUUUCAAUCUCAGCUCAAGUACCAGAACUUCACCCAGGUUUAUGUAAAUGGUUCACAGGGUAGUAAUGAGGUGAGUUUUCUCACACAGUUUUGUAAAUACUUUUUUGUCAACUGUACACUUGUCAACCAUCCAAAUAUUGAACAAAGUUAUUUGAUUGUGGACCAGUAGCUGUGUGAAUUUCCUCUUGCACGCCAAGGAAACUAAACCGUCUUGUCACAUUUUGCAUGACUUGGAUGUCACUUCUCUAAAGGAGGUAAGCGAGGGACGGAGGGAAACUGAGCUCAUGCAUCUUUUAAAAGCCGGAUGGCGUUUCAAACGUUCCGUCUAUCUCCCUUUACCUCCUCUGCUCGUGGUUAAUGUACGAACUUUGUCGUUCAGACUGGUCUGAACAACAAAGACUGGAAUGAACUGGGGGAAAAUGAGAGGAUGAGGAGAGGUAAACAAGGCCGGUAUAGACGGCGCACUGAACUAUUGACCCAGAAUCAUCUCAGUGUUUUUAUUUUUCUGGUUUCUGUUUCUGUUGUUUUUAUGUUGUUUGGUUUUUUAUUGAUAACUAUGUCUGAUAUAAAAACUCUAACCAAUGACUUUCUCGCUAGAGGGAGUUCAGUGUCUGUUUUUAGUUGUUGAUCUGUAGCUUGAAAAACAAACGCACAAGGGGGGGGAUAAGGACUUGACAUGUAGGGACUUUUCUAUAAGUGGUCAAGUGUUGUGCGCACUCUGGAUUUUCUUCCUCAGUGUCGGAUAAACUGCCUUGCGGUGAUUUUAGACUUGUUCUAAUUAGUAUAUGUUGAAAGGGGUAUAAGGCUAAUGUUAAAUCUAAAAGCUUAGGUUAGGGAAGGACCUUGUCUGAAGAACAUUAGGUCAUAGCUUAACCAUUGAAUAACCUGACCAACAAACAACAGUGUACCAUGUGGUAAAUCUUGAUUCAAAAUCUUCUUGCCUUUUACAUGUCUGCCUACUUAGAUGUACCUAUUUGCAGUUUUUAGUCAUUCGUAAAUCUUCUCCAUGUUUACAGUAGCCUACCGCAUUUGAAAAUGUUGACCAUCUGCCUGAGUUUUAAUCUUGAUUAUGAAUGUGUGCCUACCACUCGCAGUACGAUGCUAAUCCUCACAUUAAAAAAGCCUGCCUGAAAAGCCAUGUGGAUAUAUU